CAUAAAAACAUGAGAGAUGGGUAGCUCUGCCAAAUGUAGUGAUCGACAUGCUGAUCAAUUCCCCAGGCAGUGACGCACCAGUGCCAGAUUUAUGCGUCACUGAUCGGACAGAUGCUCAAUUAUUUCUGCUGGCUGCACUUUGGCAGCUGAUUUUUUAUUUUUAUUUUUUUGCCUCUGCUGCUCUGCCCGCCCCCAAGUGUUCACGUUUUACUCGGAGAGGGAGGGAGGGAGAGAGGGAAGGAGGUGUCGGCCGGUGUGCAGGAGGAGGUUUGCAGGCGGGAUGCUGACCGAAAAGUGCACAGCUGCUCCGGCCAACUGCGCGUUGCACGGACAGCGAUAAUAAGUAGGAUGAGGCGCAAUCAGCUGUUGUACCGAAGCAGCAGCAGCAGCGGCAUCAGCAUGCAGGAGUCCGGGAGCAUCCACCGUGACCGCCUUCUGUCCUGACAGCCCGGCGGCUCGGUCUCCUGCUCCGUGACGAGACGAGUCCGCGCAAAAGACGGGGUCGCGUCCGUCCUGCAGACCGGCGGGACCGUAAAUCCAUCCUGUCAGCUCGGAUUGAUUGCUCGAAUUAAAAAAAUUAAAAGAGGAGACUGAUGCUUACCCCCUCUGAGAAUUGGUGAGAUCACCUUUGCGGUUCACCUUGGAAUUAAAAAAAUAAAAGACGCAUAAAAGGCUGAUGGAUCGCCACCCGCAGAAACCGGUCAGCCCGGUGCAACCUAGACCCGGUGCGUUAAGUGGAGCCGGUCCAGGUUUAACUCCGCAGCUCACGAUCCAGGAACCUCCUCUCAUCAGUCCUCCAGAGGCGAUCAAGAAACCGUCUGGACUGAGUCCCACGCUGACAGAUCGAAUGCAGUCAGGGGAGCCAAAGUCUGGGUCCGGUCCAGCAAACCUGGCGAGCAUCAGCCGGCCGAGACCGACCGCUUUAGGAACUAAACCUUCUCCAAAGCCGACCAGAAUCACCCUGGACCACUCGCUCUGGAAGGAAAUAGAUCUGAUCCCUGUUAACAUCCCAGGACCUCAGAGUGCCAACGUCCUGCCACAUUCUCCAACAGAGUCCACGCUGCCGGCUCACAGUCCUCAGAGCCCCCACAGCCCUCAGGCCUACCUGAGCCCCAGCCUGCCUCAGCCCAACACCAACCCGCCCUCCAGCCUCAGCCCCAAGUCCAGCCUCAGUCCCCAGCAGAGGACGCCUUCACCCAGAGGCUCCACUCGGAGCCAGGCUCCGUCCGACAAGCCAGAAGGAGAAAACAACGACUUCAGGGUCCAAAUCGUCACAUGGAACGUGGGAUCAGCUGUGCCGCCGGAUGACAUCACUUCUCUGUUUGGACCAAAUGUUUCAGAUGGGAACAUCGACAUGUUUAUCAUCGGACUCCAAGAAGUCAACUCCAUGAUAAACAAGAGGCUGAAGGAUGCUCUUUUUUCAGACCAGUGGAGUGAGCUCUGCAUGGACACGCUCAGUCCUUUUGGUUAUGUUCUGGUGGCGUCCCAGAGAAUGCAGGGAGUGCUGCUGCUGGUUUUCUCUAAAUUCUGCCACCUUCCUUUCCUCAGAGGUGUGCAGACAGAGAGCACUCGCACAGGACUGGGGGGAUACUGGGGGAACAAAGGAGGCGUCAGCGCCAGGAUGACGGUGUUUGGACACCCGGUGUGCUUCCUCAACUGUCACCUGCCGGCUCACAUGAGGAACCUGGAGCAGCGGAUGGAGGACUUUGAAAGCAUCCUUCAGCAGCAGCAGUUUGAGGGAGGGACGGCGACCGGAGUACUGGACCACGAUGUUGUGUUUUGGUUUGGGGAUUUAAAUUUCCGUAUUGAAGACUACGACAUCCACGUGGUGAAAUGUGCCAUCGACAGCAACAAGCUGCCUCUGCUGUGGGAGCGAGACCAGCUCAACAUGGCUAAAAACACAGAGUCCAUCCUGGAAGGCUUCAUCGAGGGGCCGCUCAACUUCCCACCGACGUAUAAGUUUGAUGUUGGCACUCACACGUACGACACCAGUGCUAAGAAGAGGAAACCUGCCUGGACAGAUCGCAUCCUCUGGCGCCUUCGUCGCACCGGUUCCCCAGUUCCUACCCACAAUGCAGCGCUGCAGCGGGGUCUGACCUCCUGGUUGGGGGGCGCAACUAAAGUGACGCAACACGUGUACCGAAGCCACAUGGGCUUCACCAUCAGCGACCACAAGCCUGUUUCUGCUCUGUUUUCACUGCAAUUCCCAUUCAAGGUGGAAAUGCCUCUGGUAGAGCUGCAGGUAAAUAAAGAGUGGAGCAAACUCUCAGAUGCUACAGUCAGAUUCACAGUUGCAGCAACUUAUCAGCGCAGCUCGUGGGACUGGGUGGCAAUAUACAAGGUUGGAUUCAGACAUCACAAAGAUUACCAGGCGUAUGUGUGGGCUAAAGGAGAGCAUGCGACACAGGUGACGUUCUCAGAGGAGGAUUUACCGAGAGAUGACUGUGAAUACAUGCUGGGCUACUAUAGUAAUAAUAUGAACAGUAUCGUUGGAUUGUCGUCACCGAUUCAGAUCAGGAUGCCCGUCCACAGCCCCACCGUGUGUCGCUCUGAGAGCUCCGACGUCAGCUCCGAAGACGACAGCACCCUGGUCCUGCUGGCUCCGAACUCCCGCAGCCCGAGUCCCAAAACCGGCAAACACCACCACCGCCACCGUCGCAGCCGCAGCCCCGCCGUUCCCUCUUUGUCGUCCAACCCCCUCCCCUCCCUGCAGGGACUCAGCCUCUGUCCUCGCUCCAAAGACGGCCAGACGAGAAGCCGCUCGCCCUGCUCUGCCUCUAAGAAGGAGCGCCUGGUCUCCCCCGACACCGUGCCGUCCCCCACCAUCAGCCCCCUCACCCCUCGCAGCCCCGUGUCUCCGGGCGGCGGCGUCACGGCACCGGAGGCCCUGAUCGCCGCCAUCCUCGGUGAACCCAGACCAGCUCAGGUUAGCCCCACAGAGGUGAAACACAUCAGGAAGGCAGGGGAAACGGACGCUGCAAAGAACAUGAAGAUCAAGAGUUAAAAUGAGGUGCAGGAAGAGGAGGAUGAGGGCGAUAUCCACGCGUUGGGGUCUGAUCCGACCUCCACACUAUCACUGUGCUCGUAGAAGCAGCACAUUUAAUGACUCCUAACGUAGUUUGCAAACAUUCCACAUUGUAGCCCUGCAGCUCCCUGUUUCUCAAUCAUCUCUACACUACUGUAUGUGUAUCUCAGAGUCAAAUAUGUGUCCAGACUCUCAAUGACAAGUGCUUUUAUAGACUCAUAAGCUAUAUCAUACAUAAACAAAGCAUAUUGAAUGUGAAACCAAAGUGAUGGAUACGGCCAGUUAUUAUUGACAGCAAUAUGGAUCCGUGUAAGCAGUCUUAUAUCAUAUGAGGACCCUGGACCACAAGUAUCGAUGGUAUCAUUGUUCACAACAGAGAGUGUGUGUGUGUGUGUGUGUGUGUGUGUGUGUGUGUGUGUGUGUGUGUGUGUGUGUGUGUGUGUCUUUUUUGUGUAGGCCUAUGUGUUAAAACAUUAAUUAUAUGUGUGAAAUUUCUGGUUUUCACUCUAUAGUUCUUGGUCUGUAUUCAUAAAAGAAGUGUAAUGUAUCCAGGAGUAGAGACUUUAGAGCAUUUUAUCACCUCAAGUCAAUGUGAAAUUUACACGUGACUGUGUGAACUUCAACUGUAAUCCCAGACCAAUGCUCUUAUUCUUAGCCGCUUUGUGAAUACAGCCCCUGUUCUAUGGAGCUCAGUGAGUGGACGUUUAGGCUAAUGUGGUCAUUUUGCUUCAAGAAAAACAGUGCUGUUUAACUGUGUGAGUGUGCAAAUAAAACAAAAACAAAUGGAAAACUAA